GUUGAGGAAGAGCUUCGUGUGACUUCAAGCCCUGCCAGGAUAUCAGCUUUGUGUUCAUCUAAACAGGCACAGGUUUCACACUAAAGCACGCUGUGUUCCCCAGCCAUAUUUGUAGAGGAAGAGAGGGAUGACGUAGAAAAGAGCUUGGAAACUCUAUGAGACACACCCACAGCUGCUGAUCAUCCAGAACGAGACCGGCUUCACUCUACAGAGCGCCUUUUGUUCGUCCAGCGUACAUAUCGGCCAGAUCAACCCCCAUCCUUCACGCAAUCCACGAAACCAAUCCAUAUGGCCAGUCUAGCACUGAACACGCCCAUCUCAGAGCCACCUAACUCCUCCAUUACAUCAACCAAUGCCUUUACUAUGUCCCAGCAGAUCGGCAUAGCCAUUUUAGUGCUAGCCUUUAUGUUUGGUUUCCCCGGCAACGUCUUUGUGGUGUGGUCAGUCCUGUGUCGGGUCCAGCAGCGCUCCGUCACUUGCCUCCUGGUUCUGAACCUGGCAGCGGCUGAUGCUUUUGUGCUCCUCAGCGCCCCCUUUUUUCUGCGCCUGCUGGCUGGUGGACAGGGGUGGGAGUUUGGGGAUGUCAUGUGCAAGACAGUGCACUACCUGUGCUGUGUCAACAUGUACGUGUCCAUUUACCUCAUUUGCCUGAUGAGCCUGGACCGCUGGCUGGCUGUCACCAGACCUUUCCUCUCUCAGAGGCUGAGGAACAAAAGGACCAUCUAUGUGGCCAUGCUGUGCAUCUGGGUAUUGGCCUUUUUACUGGCCCUGCCUAUGCCCUUCUACCGCAGUGUCCUUGUACACAAUGGCAUGACUCACUGUUUGCCGUACCACUUUAACAAGGGACAUAAAGUCUUCCAGUACUUGUUUGAGACUCUGAUGGGCUUUGUGGUCCCUUUCACCUUCAUCCUGGCAUGCUACACCUCCGUCAUUUGCCGCCUACGCAGCGCUAUGUUUCACGGCCGUGUGAAGGGCAGCCUCCUCAUCCUCCUCAUCAUCAUCACCUUUGCUGUCUUCUGGUUGCCCUACCACCUGAUAAACGUAUUACAGGUGAUUGGUGAGCUGCAGAACAACCAAACUCUUUCCAAUCUUGUGAUGGUCGCUCGGCCCAACGUGACCGCGUUUGCCUUCCUGAGCAGCAGUGUGAACCCCAUACUCUACGUGUUCGCUGGCAGCUCCUACAUCCGCCGCGCUGGCCUCAGCUUCAUGGCCAAACUUUUUGAAGGCACCCACUCUGACCACUCCGUCCUCAGCAGGCGCGGCACCUCCACAGACAACUCCAACUUUGCAAAGCUGACAAUUAAAUCGCUCCAGAACAGAGAGCGGGUAAGGAGCAAGAGCUGUGGAGAAGAGGAGAAUAAAAAGAUGGAGAAGAGCUGUGUGGAGGAGCUUAAGACUCUAACCACAGUGCAGUAACCUCAGACUGACAAUGGCAAAGAUAAACAUUGUGCAGCAGCAUAAGGCAGACUGCAUCCUGUUCAUUCUUAACUACACUGGCGAUCUAAAAGAGCAACUGUUUUUGAGGUGUUUAUCCUGUCUGUUUACAUAUGGAUACAAUUCAAUGCAAGAUGCCACACAAUUCAUUCCGUUUUUCAUCAUUUCUGCAUAGUUAUCGAAGAUGUAAACAGAAAAAAGUGGUGUGAUGUGACAUGCUGCAUUCUAGGCAGAAUUGUUCACAGUGGUGGUGAUAGAAAUCAGACAUCUGAAGAGUUUAACGCCUCUAAAAGCCCCCUCACAGAAAGCUAUUGCGUGAAAUGAGUCACAGAUACACCGCCUCCUGAUGCUUGAAACAUUGUUUUUCAGUAAUUUUGAGAUGAAGGUGGGCUGAUGUUUUUUUCUUACAGGACAGAGAGGCACAUGCUGUGCAUGUAAAGCAAUUUCAGCAUAUAAAAACUGAAAACAUGUGUAGGUUCACAGCUCGUUUUGUUAAUAAACGUUAUGCCUAUAUUUCCGUUGUGGACAUUGCACCCCCUGAUUCUUAUCAGUACCACUCGUACUGUACGGUCUGUACUUUUCUCUGUAAUGAACUAUUUAACUAUGAAUAUGAAUGACUUUGUUCACUAUGAAUGACUUUGUUUACAUCUUAAUGGUUUAAUCAUGCAGAAAUGUUGAAAAAUGUAAUUCUGCUUUAGGUGUAAUUCCUGUAAGAUUUGAAAUUCAUUAAGAUAUUCAAACUAAUAUUGUUAAUGGACAGGAGCGAAGAAGGUAUGGAAGCGGAUAAAUUAUUUUGAAUAUCCUUAAGAACGUAUAGAUUUUUCUCUUCAUACAUCGACCCACAAGAUCUCAAAGGGUUUAAAAUGAUGCCUGAUUUUGACUUAAUGAAGAGCGUGGCAUCUUGCAUGAUCUUACCGCAUAUAUCUUAUUUACUCCAGUGUCCUUCAAAUAGGUGAAGAGACAGGACAAACGUUUCAAUAGAAGUUGCUCAACUUUGAUGUAUGAACAUGCAUAUAUGCAAUUUGUUUCAACCGCCGGUGUAUUUUUGCUUCAGGAUGGAGGGUCUUUGUAAUGUUCCUGAUGCAUUUCUAGGUUGAAAGGAAAGAAACCUUGCAGGAAUAAGCUGGACCUUCCGAAAAAUGGCUUUAAGUGGAGCUUGCAAUUUAUCUUGAUUCUCCGUUUUCUGAGCUUCGGACCCUUGACUGCAUUAUCGCACUGCGUAUUUUUUUAUAUUCAGAGAAUUUUAUGUGCUGUGAGUUUUGUUUUCGAAAAUGGUAUUUAAGUAUGUGCUUUCAAAGAGACUGAAUACGCACACAGUUACGUAGAUUAUGUGCAGAUGAAAGCUCAGAGCCAGUCGACCUUUAGCAGGUGGUCAACAUCUGAUUAUAGACCCUUUCAUUCACAUCUAUUAGUUCACAGUUCCACAGUCUCCUUUUCUUAGAUAUAAUGUAAAAAGGAAAAACCUUCAUUCUUACAGAGGCUUUAUAUGAAGAGGAGAUCUUCAAACUUUAAAAAGGUUCUUUGUACACUUCGUUUGAUUCUUUAAAGAAUCAUCCGCUGAAAAGUCACUGUCCUUUAUUUUUAAGAGUGUAAUUAAGGUUAACAUUUACCCUGUUCAACUCCCACCCUCAACAAACGACUAAGUAGCAGUAUUUCUGUUCAAAUGCACUGUAUGUCCAAAAGUUUGUAGACACCUGCUUAACCAAUGUUUUUUUCCUGUGAUCAAGGGUAUUAAUAAGAAGUUUGUCCCUCUUUGCUGCAGUAACAGCCUCUACUCUUUUGGGAAUCCUUUACACUGGAUUUUGGAAUAUUUUUGUAGGGAUUUGAUUGCAUUCAGACACAAGAACAUUAGUGAGGUCAGGUACUGAUGUUUGUCCAACUCGUUCCAAAAGCACUGGAUGGAGAUCCAUCACUUGCGUUGCAUCAUAGCCCAAUGCUGGGGGCUUCACACCCAUGUCACUUAUCAUUGGGCAUGGUGACCGUAGGCUGUCCAGAGUGUCCCAUUCUAUUGGUGAUCCUUUUGUAUGGAGAUUAAACAAGCUGCUUGUGUGCUAUUGCAGCAGAUGUGGCAACUUCAAGUGUAAUGGCAACAGAGUUGCCAUUACAUCUUAAAAGAUGUAAGGGUGUAGAAUGAGUGAAACAAUGAAGGAAAAGAAAGCUGAAAACGUCUCAUUCUCAUCUGUACAGCAUCUAGCUGAAUCUUAGCCGGAUCAAAACUGCCACUAUGCAUUCAACUGUUGUCAGUAAUACAAUAAAGAGUGUAAAAAACA